UGUGUGUGUGUGUGUAUAUAUAUAUAUAUAAACUACGGUAACUCAUUCAGGCAUAAAAACGAAAAAGUUUUAUAAAUUUAACAGAAGUGAUAAAUGUGGGAAAUGUAUUCUUCAUGGUUAUUAUUUGUUACCUAAGCUGUAAAUUCAUCAUGCCUGGCGUCAUAGUAUCGUACAUAGCGAAGUCUACAAAUUACAAAAUUUAACUACCUUGACUUCUAUUGAUAAAGUAGAAGUCAAGUAUACAAAAACAAUAAUUCAAUCAGAUUGUCAGUUUCAACAGCUAUGGCUGUGGUCUCAAGAAGAAUUAAAGAAAGAAUGAAUGAUUUCUUUUCUUGUUCCUGGCGUUUUUUGUUGUCUCCUAUGUUUUCGGCGUCUUUGGUAUCUCUUGCUUUGUUUGGUUAGUUUCCCACGUGUGCGCUUGGUGGCGCCGAGGCGGGUUAGUUAUAUGUCUUAUCGAAGGAGGCGCAACAGUCGCAACGAGGUCGUCAUUUGAUCAAGAACGCCCUCUGAAGAGAUUGAAUAUUUCGAUUUCGUAACCGAUGUAAGGUGAAAAUUUUGAAAAAUCUUAUUACUUACUUUCUUUUUUGAUAGAUUUUAUAACGUGUUUAAAUAAGUCAAAGUGUAUUAAAUCAUAAUAUUAAUAUAAAUAUGAUGUAAUGUUAUUAAAUCAUUUUUACAUAAGAAAAUUCAUUAAAAUCAUUUCCGGAUAUUAUCUGGAUAUCAUCUUUCUGAAUAUUUCUUUCUCUUUAAAAAUUUUCAAUUGAAAAUAUUUUCUUUUCGGAUAGAAAGGUUAUAAACAUAAACAGUACGUUAUUAUGUGUACUACAAAGUAUAACAUCAGUGUGUAUAUAUAUCUUGACAUUAAUUAGAUAUUUCGACAGUUAUUGACAAUUUUGUACACUAUAUAUUAUAGUUUUUAAAAGAUCAACAAAUUUUAUUGCAAAUAGAGUUGUGUAUUUUUAAUUGAUUUGAAAAAUUUUAUAUAAUUUCUCAAUAUGUCUAGUUUUAUUGUUAUUCGAUCUUAUACUACGUUCGAUAAUUUCUUUUGCAAAGAAUUACUUAAAACUUCUAUAAUGGAUUCAUUAAAUGAAACAUUUCUUGGAAUUUUAACUGAUAAACCUGUUAUGAUAACAUUAAAUGCAUUAGUUUUAAUACUUAUGUUUAUGCUAAUAGUAGUUGGAUAUCCUAUUAUUUAUUGCAUUAUAAUUUUAUUAAUUCCAUCAAUUGUAUUAUAUAUUUUUUUAUAUGCAAUGUUUUGGUAUGAAACUAGAAAUGUUGAAAAUGAAACAUCUACGAUUUUACGAACUUAUACGUCCGAUAAUUCUUCCUGUUUUUGGAUAGUGGAAGCAUAUGAUAAUUAUUUAGUAGAUCGAAGUCAACGAAAAUCAAGAUAUAUAUUCAUGACACAGGAACAAUUUAAUAGAUCUAAUCAUUCAACAAGUAGCCAUACUAAAAAGAGUGUAGGUAUUAUUGGAUUUUGUAAAAGUAAUAGAAUACAGAAUUCUGGUUGGAUAAAAAGAUUAUGUAUUCAUAAAGACUAUAGAAGGAUAGGUAUAGGGAGUUAUCUCAUAAAUCAAGUUAUACAAUUCGGAUAUGAACAAGGAUAUGAAUCUAUUAAUGUACUUAUUUCUCAAUACGAAAUAAAAGCUCUAAUAUUAUUUGGUAACAAAGGUUUUCGUACACAGAAUAUACAUAGUAAACCAUCUUUUAAAUUUAUAACGUUUUAUGAAUUAAAAUACGAAAUGAAGGAUUAUCAUCCACGUUAUUAAAAAUUCGCAUAAUGUUCUAUCUGUGCCAAAAAAUUAAAUUGUCCAUGUAAAUAUUCGAAUCAAAAUUAUUAAGAGUAUUUAUUUAUUUAUUUUUUGUAUGUUAUAACUCUUUGUGAAAUAUAUGAGCAGAGACAUUGUAAAAAAUCCGUAAUUCUCUUUUUUUAUCUUUAGAGACUAUUAGUAUUUUUCAAUUUCUUUAUUUCCCAAUGUUUACAUUUGAUCUGACUUAGAUCAAUAAUAUUUGAAAUAAUUUAUUAAUAGAAUAAUAUUUGACAUCCAGUAUUUAUUGCAUAGAAUCAUAUUGUACAAAAUGAUUCAAAGCUGCACAAUAUUAUUAUACAUGAGAGAAACUAUAAACAAAGGUUAAAUUUAUAAUCAGUUGGUAUAAAUCUUUUAAAAAAUUCACUAUCUAAGAUCAUUGAAAUAAUUAACAAAAAAUAUUAAAACAAUUUUAAUGGAUUAAAAAUUGUAGAUAAUAUUUAAAUUAGGAUCAGACCUUAUUAUAUUUCGUAAACCACAUGAUUCAUCAAUAGUUGCUAUGAUUAUUAUCCACUAUUGUAGACGGACUAUCAUUAUUUCUGGCAUUACAGAGUUGUUCUACUUAAAAAUUAGUUAAAUUAAUAAAUAGAAUUUCUACGAGUUUUAUCGAUAAAAUAAAAAAUACUAAAUUUCAAUUGAUCCAUCAAAUAUUGCAAAAUAGUUUAAAUAAAAUCCAGUUGGGUUAAUUUACUUGACACGCAUGACAACUAAAUAUUGCAGUAUCGUGUAGAUUGUACCUAUCCAGAAAUAAAUUUGUAUAGUUCUUUAUUCCCACAGCAUUUACUUCAUAUUAUGAUGUGCACCGAACGAAAUUAGUUGCGCUGGUAGAUUUAUCUUGUAUUACUGUGAUUCAUAGGGUAAUAUCGGUAACAUUUCUAAGAUAUUAAUAAUUUCGUAUAACCUAUAUAACUUUUUUAUAUAUUUUUUGGGAUCAUAUGCCGCGAAAUAUAAAUUUAUAUAAAGUCAUAUUUAUAUUAUUAUUGUAUAUAAGUAAGAAAUAGCAGUAAAAGUUUUAGCGAUAAGAAUAUCAUCAGAAGAUAUUUGUUCUGAAAUAGAUCUGUUCAAGAACGACUUCUGAGGAGAAAACAUUGAAUAUUUCUGAUCCAUUACUGGUGAAAGGAAAAUUUUGAAAAAUUUUGUAUGUUACUUUCUUGUUUGAUAACUCUUAUAACGUGUUCUAAUGACUUUGAAAUUACUUAAUCAUUAUGUUAAUGUAAAUAUAAAACAAUGUUAUAAAAUCAUUUUUUCAUAAGAAAACUUAUUGAAAACAUGUCCGGAUAACAUCUCUCUAAAUAAUAUUAUUUUUUUCAAUUUAAAAACUUUCGAUUGAAAAUAUUUUCGUUUCGGAUAGAUUAUAAACUCAUAAACAAUACGCUAUUAUGUGUACUACGUUGCAUGACCUCAGUAUAUAUAUAUAUAUAUAUAUUGUGACAAUAAUUAGAAUUUCUACAGUUGCUUAGAAUUUUAUACACUAUAUAAGUAGAACUUAAGUUUUUCAAAGAUCAUCAAAUUAUAUUGUGUGCUUCAAAUUUUAUUUAGUUGCUUCUAUAUAUUUUAUAUAAUUUCUCAAUAUGCAGAAAUGUAUUCUUAUUAGAACUUAUAGAGAACAAGAUAAACUGUCUUGCAAAAAAUUACUUGAAGAUAGUGUAAUGACUCAGCUAAAUCAUACAUUUUUUGGAUUUAUAUUAGCACUAAAUAUUAUUCGUAUGGUAUUUGUGUUAUCUAUACUGGUAACGGGUCUACUCGUGUAUGCAGAAUUACAUAUAACUUAUUGUAUUAUAGUUAUGUGUAUACCAGGAAUUAUAUUAUAUAUUUCAUUAUAUACAAAAUUUCGUUAUGAAGCGAGAAUGGUUGGAUAUGAAAUAUUUGACAUUCCACGGUAUUACAUUCUGAAUUAUUUCUUUCGUUUGGUUUUAUUUUGUUUGUGUGUUUUGUUAGUUUGUAGUUAAUUAAGAUUAUAAUUUUAAAAUAAAAAUAUAUAUUUCUAUAAAUAGGAUUUACUCGCUUGAUAAUUUAUCCCGUUUUUGGGUAGCGGAAUUAUGUGAAGAUUUUUCAUUAAAUAAUCAGGAACAAAAUCAGCAAUAUACAUUUAUGACAGAGGAAGAAAUGAGAGCAUCUGAAAUUGAUUUAUCUAAGCAUAAUAAAAGAAUUAUAGGUAUUCUGUUAUUUUGUCAAAGCAAUUGGCAACCAACACAUGCUUGGAUAAAAAGAUUUUAUGUUUUGAAGAAGUAUACAAGGAAAGGUGUAGGAAGUACUCUUUUGAAACGUGCUUUGCAAUUUGCCGACGAAAAAGGAUUUGUAUGUGUUAAAGCUACGGUUUCUCAAUUCCAAAAACGGUAUAUGUAUUUUUAUUAUAUAAAAACAAAUUAUGUAACUGUUUUGCGUGAUAGAUUAUCAUUUUUCGUAUCAAUUACGCUUUAUGAAUAUAUAUUUCGAACAAAGAAUUAUCGAUAGGAUCAUUAGAAAUUCGCGGAAUGUUCAAUCUAUGCCAACAAAUUAAACUGUCCGUCUAAAUAUUCAAAUCAAAUUUAUGAAUAAUAUUUUUAUAUUAAUUUUUUGUAUGUUAUAAGUGUUUGUAAAGUAUAUAAGAGCAAAGGCAUUGUAAAAAAUCUAUAAUUCUUUUUUUAAUUCCUCAGACACUAUCGAUAUUUUUCAGUUCCUUUAUUUGCCAAUGUUUACAUUUGGAUCUAAUUUAGGUCAAUGAUAUUUAAAAUAAUUUAUUAAUAGAAUAGAAUUUGACAUACAAUAUUUAUUGCAUACAAUGAUUUUAAACAAAAUAAAUUAAAGCUGCUCAAUAUUAUUGUACAUAAUAAGAACAAUGAGCAGGAGUUAAAUGAAUAAUGGUUCGAAUUAAAACUUAAAAAAUCAACUACAUUAUCUCAUAUAAACAAUAACAAAAAAGAUACUAAAAUAUAAUUUUAAUAGAUUUGAAAUAGUAAAUUAUGUUUAAAUUACUAAAAGAAAUUAUUAUAUUUUAUAAUCCCCAUAAAUCAUCAACAGUUGGUAUGAUUAUUAUCCACUAUUUUAGCAGCACUAUCAAUUCUGGCAUUACAAUGUCGGUCUAUUUAAAUAUUAUUUAAAUUACAAAAUAGAUUUUUCUUGAGUUCUGUCGAUAAAAUAGAAAAUAUUAAAUUUUGAUUGAUCUAUCGAGUACUGUAUAGCGGAUUAAUUCAAAUUUAGUUGCAUUAGUAUACUCGAUAUGGGUAAUAGAUAAAUAUUAAAAAAUCGUGUGGAUUGCAUUUAACCAGAAAUAAAUUUUUAUAGUUCUUUAUUCUUACAAUAUUUAGUUUAAAUUAUGAUGUGCAUCGAACGAAAUUAGUUGUGCUCGUAGAUUUAUCUGGAAUUACUGCGACUCAUGAGGUAUAUCGGUACCAUGUCUAAAAUAUUAAUAAUUUUGUAAUAUAUAAAAAAGGUAUAUAAUUUCAAUAUACCUUUUUUAUACAUUUAUCGAGAUCAUAUACCGAGAAAUAUAAAUUUAUAUAAAACCAUAUUCAUAUUAUCAUGGUAUAUUAGCAAUAAAUAGCAGUAGAAAUUUUAGCGAUAAAAAUAUCAUCGAAAGAUAUUUAUAUUCUGGAAGAGAUUUGUUGAACAACGAUCUCUGAAGAGACAACAUUGAUUAUUUCUGAUUUACUACUGGUGAAAGAUGAAAAUUUCGAAAAAUUUCGUAUGUUACUUUCUUAUUUGAUAACAUUUAUAUCGUGUUUAAGUGACUUGAAAUGUACUUAAUCAUAAUAUUAAUAUAAAUAUAAAACAACGUUAAUAAAUCAUUUUUUCAUAAGAAAACUGAUUGAAAACAUGCCCGGAUAUCAUCUUUCUAAAUAAUUUUAUUUCUUUCAAUUUAAAAAUAUUCGAUUGAAAAUAUUUACGUUUUAGAUAGCAACGUUAUAAACAUAUAAACAAUACGCUAUUAUGUGUAUUACAAUGCAUGACCUCAGUGUAUAUAUAUAUAUAUAUACGGUGACAAUAAUUAGAAUUUCACAGUUGCUUAAAAUUUUAUACAAUAUAUAAGUAGAAUUUAAGUUUAUCAAAAAUCAAAAAAUUUUAUUGUGUGCCUUUGGUUGAUUCAAUAUAUUUUAUAUAAUUUGUCAAUAUGCAGAAUUUUAUUCUUAUUAGAACUUAUAGAGAAGAAGAUAAACUGUUUUGCAAAGAAUUACUUGAAGCUAGUGUAAUGAAUCAGCUAAAUCAUACAUAUAUUGGAAUUUUAUUAGGACUAAAUAUUAUGCGUAUAGUAAAUAUGUUAUCUAUAGUGUUAAUGUCAUUACUCAUGUAUGCAGGAUUACAUAAAAUUUAUUGUAUUAUGAUUAUGUUUAUACCAGGAAUUAUAUUAUAUAUUACAUUGUACACAAAGUUUUGUUAUGAAGCUAGAAUGGCUGGAUAUGAAAUAUUUGACAUUCCACGGUAUUACAUUCUGAAUUAUUUCUUUCGUUUAGUUUUAUUUUGUUUGUGUGUUUUGUUAGUUUGUAGUUAAUUAAGAUUAUAAUUUAAAAAUAAAAAUAUAUAUUUCUAUAAAUAGGAUUUACACGCUCGAUAAUCCUUCCCGUUUUUGGAUAGCGGAAGCAUAUGAAGAUGUUUCAUUGAAUAAUCAGGAACAAAAUCAGCAAUAUGUAUUCAUGACAGAGGAAAAAAUGAAUGUAUGUAAGGUUGAUUUUUCUAAUCAUAAUAAAAAAAUUGUAGGUAUUAUGUCAGUCUGUAAAAGUAAUUGGGAACCAACACUUGGUUAUAUAAAAAGAUUUUAUGUUCAGAAAAAGUAUGCAAAGAAAGAUGUAUAUAAUCAACUUAUGAAACAAGCAGAAUUUUUUGCCUAUGAACGCGGAAUUCUAUGUAUUAAAGCUAUUGUUUCUCAAUUUGAAAAACAUCUUAUUAGUUUUUAUAAUACUAAAAAUUUCACUGUAAAUAUUAUACAUGAUAGAUCAUUUUUAAUAUCAAUUACAAUGUAUGAAUAUAUAUUUAGAACAAGGAAUUCUCAUUCAGAUCAGAAGAAAUUAGUGUAAUGAUCAAUCUGUUCCAAAAAUUUAACUGUCCGUUUAAAUAUUCAAAUCAAAUUUAAGAAUAAUAUUUUUAUAUUAAUUUUUUGUAUGUUAUAAGUGUUUGUAAAAUAUAUAAGAGCAGAGAUAUUGUAAAAGUGUGUAAUUCCAUUUU